UGUGGGCUGGGCUGGCCGCGGUGUCAUGGCGGCCGGGCAGGGCGGUGGGGGCAGCGGCGGCCAGGGGCCUGGGCCGGGGCCAGGUCCGGGUCUCGGGCUGGGGCCCGGGCUGGGGCUCCCCGCGCACCUGACGCUGCCGUACGCCGCUGGGCCGCCGUGGGGCGCGGCCGCCCUCCCGCCGCACACGGGGCGCAGCCUGGACCGCGCGCUGGAGGAGGCGGGCAGCUCGGGCAUCCUCGGCCUCAGCGGCAGGAAGCUCCGCGACUUCCCCGCCGGCGGCUACGACCUCAGCGACACCACGCAAGCAGACCUAUCAAAAAAUAGAUUCACGGAAAUUCCUCCUGAUGUAUGGCUGUUCGCACCACUUGAGACAUUAAAUUUGUAUCACAAUUGCAUCAAAUCCAUUCCCGAAGCUAUUAAAAAUCUACAGAUGUUAACGUAUCUUAACAUUAGUCGAAAUCUUUUAUCAACAUUGCCAAAAUACCUGUUUGACCUGCCCCUUAAGGUGUUGGUUGUUAGUAAUAAUAAGCUAGUUUCCAUUCCAGAAGAAAUUGGAAAAUUGAGAGACCUAAUGGAGUUGGAUGUUAGCUGUAAUGAGAUUCAGGUCCUUCCUCAGCAAAUAGGAAAAUUGCAGUCACUCAGAGAGUUAAACAUAAGAAGAAAUAAUCUCCAUAUGUUGCCAGAUGAAUUGGGAGACCUCCCCUUGGUAAAGCUGGAUUUUUCUUGUAAUAAAGUUACAGAGAUCCCAGUUUGUUACAGGAAAUUACGCCAUUUACAAGUAAUAAUUCUGGAUAACAAUCCAAUGCAGAUACCACCAGCACAGAUAUGUUUAAAGGGCAAAGUACACAUAUUUAAAUUCCUCAGCAUUCAGGCAUGCCUCAGAAUAGAUAAAAAACCAGAUUCUUUGGAUCUUCCAUCAUUGGGAAAACGAAUCCCCUCCCAGCCACUGACAGACAGCAUGGAAGACUUUUACCCCAAUAAAAACCAUGGUCCUGACUCUGGCAUUGGCAGUGAUAAUGGAGAUAAAAGACUGUCUACCACCGAACCAUCUGAUGAUGAUACAAUCAGCCUUCACUCUCAGGUAUCAGAAUCAACAAGGGAACAGACUUUAAGAAACGACAAUCAUUUAAUAGGAAAUAAACACGACUCUCAGAAAGACCAGGAGGUGGAUGAUUAUAUUGACCCUAAUGCGGAAGAUGCAGCUAUUCCUGAACAAGGAGAUGUACAAAUUGGACCAUUUAUUUCUUACAUUAAGGAACAAGGAAAGCAUCCUGAGAAAUCUCAGAAAAUAGAACGGAAUGAAGACUGGGGAGAUGAAAAACGGCUUCAGAAAGAACAGUUGUUGGCAGAGGAAGAAGAUGAACUGAAGGAAGUGACUGACUUGAGAAAAAUAGCAGCUCAGCUACUGCAGCAGGAGCAAAAAAACAGGCUCCUUAAUCAUUCGACCUCAGUAAGCACAAGAAACAGGCCAAAGCAGCAGACCGUGGAAUCCGAAAAAAGUGUCUCAGCAGAUGAAGCAAACUCUCCGUUGUCUCCAUACAGCUGGCAGCCUCUAGAAAAUCAGAAGGAUGAGACAGAUGAGCAGCACUGGCCAGAAACUCAACCAGUUAUUUGGCAGAAUGAAGAGAGGAGGAAGAGCAAACAACUUAGAAAGGAAUAUUUCAAGUACAAGUCUUCCAGAAAGAGUUCAAGUGGAAAUGAAAAUGAUGAGCAAGACAGUGAUAAUACUAAUGUGUCUCCACAGUCUCCUGUAUCAUCUGAGGAUUAUGAAAGGACUGACAGUAACUCUCAUGGUCCAUUUGGUCUCAAACCUAGGUCAGCUUUCAGCCGUACAUCACGCCAGGACUAUGGAGCAGUGGACCCUGGAUUUACAAUGAGAAGGAAAAUGGAGCAUUUAAGGGAAGAAAGGGAACAAAUAAGACAGCUUCGCAAUAAUCUUGAAUCAAGGUUAAAAGUGAUGUUGCCGGACGACAUUGGAGCAGCAUUGAUGGAUGGUGUGGUUCUUUGCCAUUUAGCCAAUCACAUAAGGCCACGUUCUGUUGCCAGCAUUCAUGUACCAUCACCAGCAGUGCCUAAACUCAGCAUGGCGAAGUGCCGAAGAAAUGUUGAAAACUUUUUGGAUGCUUGCAAAAAAUUGGGCGUCCCCCAGGAAAGGCUUUGCUUGCCUCACCAUAUUUUGGAAGAAAGGGGUCUAGUGAAAGUUGGUCUCACUGUUCAGGCUCUGCUUGAACUGCCGACAUCUAAGGCGUCUCAUCUUUCCUCUGUGUAACGUGACUUUUGGAAACCAGACAAACCAACCUUUGAUCUGUUGAUUUGGAUUGCUCCUGGGUGAUUCAGCUUCCUGAAUGGGAACAUCCAAGCCAUCAAAAAGUCAUUUCUGCCCAGAUACUUUAGACAGAGCCUUAUUUUGGAGUUAAACAUGAACCUUGUUGUGAAGCAGACAAUUACCUGAAUAUGUUGGUAUUCUGAUUUCUUUUUGGUUUUUUUAAAGUGUGGAUGCACAAGAGAUUUUGACAGCAUCAGGUUCACUUUCCAGGUAACCUAAGUUCCAAGUUUCCCAUUAAUGUUUCAUGGUGUUACAUCUAAAAAUUUAAUUUUUUUGCUACCUUCAGUUGAUUAAAAAAAAAAAGCCCUCCUGUAAAGCGUUUAAAGAUACAGUUCAAAAUACGGCGACUGUAUGAUGGUGAAAAUCUGAGUGACUGAUCGCAUUUAAUCCAUUUUAACGUUUCAAAUAGCACUGCCUUUUGGUUCUUGAUUUCUUGCACUCUUGUAAUUUAUACAUUUUUAACAGCCCCAGUAUUUACUUGGACAGAAGUUCAUUACACAAAAGAGUAUCCAGUAAAAAGGACAGAUUUCACGGGGUUUUUUCCAGUCUUCUAGGUUGGUGCCAAAAUCUUUUUUCAGUUGUACUGUAGAUUGUUUACAUGUGAAGUGCCUGUGUAAUUGAUGACUCUUAAUAAUAGUCUUAAACAUUUUUGCAAUUUCUUUAUGUCUGAAAUAGAUACAAUGGGAAUUUUUAAAUAUUUUAAUAGUUUUUUGUAAGGUCAGUAAUAUGUGAAGAUAUAAAUGAUGCUUCACAUUUUUGAUGUUGGAUGUUUUAAGUUUGUUGCACAAUUUAAUUACUUAUUAUGAUGUCUAAUGAUGGGAAAUAAUGUAAAUACAUUUUAUUUAUGCUAUUUAAUUUGAUAAUAUCUAAUCAUUUCUGUUUUAAUGUAUUGUUGGACAAAAAUUGUCAUUUUUAAUUAUUUUCCUUGUUUGGGACAAACAACAACAUACACAGUAAAUAAGAUGUAUAAGGACCAGUGACGCAUACAUAGUAAUCAUUAAGGACAUUUUGAUAAAAAUGCCAAAAUCUCAGGUUUAUACUGUGACUUUCAGGAUUUUACGUUGUGUUGUUCCUGACUUCACAUUACAUUUUUACAACAAGAAUCUUCAUAAAUUAGUUUAAAAAAUCAGACUAGGAAUCCUUAUAUUCUUUGCUGUUGAGAGAACUUGCUGGUUUGGGAUUUAUUGUGAAAAUCAGCCGCUUGCGUGGCAUAGCGUAUAAUCAGGUUGCACCUGGUGGCUCUCUACAGUUAACUCUGUGCCAAGAAUAUCAAACUCUUGGGGGGCAGAUAUAAAAAAACAUAAAUCCCCACAAUGGAAGUUUUCUCAACUACUGGUUUUAAAUACCUGUUUGGUUUUUAGACGUGUUCAGAUGGGUAUAUUGCUUACAAUGGUCUAAGAAGCAGAGUUGACUUCCCCAAAAACAAAUUCAGGUGUGUCGGAUACUUUGUUUUAGAUGAGUGUGUGUGUGUGCAUUCGUUACCUUUCUAGUGAGUAUGUAGGUCACUCAGAAAUGUUAGUUGAGGUCUGGGUAUGUCACAGACUUUAUACUUUUGGGCUAGGUUACUGUAGGUGAAAAGAAAAAAAAACCUAUUGUGCCAAACAAAAUAUGUAACAAAAAAUGGUUCUGCUAUUGCCAAUUGAUAUACCUUAUUUAAUUUCAUUUGGCAAAGGAACAAGGAGCAAAUGUUCUUUUAUUCUGUCCGUCCUUCCUUCCUUUCAAUGGACCAAUAAGCCAGUCAAAAGAAAUAUAAAAAAAAAUGUGCUGGCUACAAGAUUUAGGAAGUUACGUUAUUCUAAGACUUUGUUGAACUGAAAUCUGUUGAAAUAAAAGUGAUUUUUUAUGUGCUAUAAUUAAAAUAUGCUAUUGUAAAUACAGCAUAGUACUCAAAAGUAUGGCUCACUGAAAAAACUCGUGUCCUCUGCAAAAUUAUAGAUAUAACAAUACAUUUAAAAUAUCAGCUAAGCAUGUAGUCGAAUGGGGAAAAUGAAAUAGUCUCAGUGUAAUAUCAGCCACUAAAAUAAGUACCCUUAUUUAUCCUUUCUCUGAAUAAAUUAAUUUUAACCAUUUACCUUAAAUUAUUUUGAAAAUGAGCUCUCUUAAAAAUGUAUCAGUAAAGUUGUUCUCAUUUCAUGUAAAUGGAACAUAAUUAUUUGAGUUUUUUAAAAAGAACAAGCCAAGCUUAGUUUGAUAAGGAGACUUUUGUUUUAUUGUAUGUGCUACUUUGGAAUAGCUGAAGAAUUAGUUUAUCGUUCAAAAGAGAAAAUAUAUUGUAUAGCAGCUCUUGCCCUCUGGACAACGAGCGUAUAAGUUGCUGUUCCAGUACGUUAGCCAUGGGCUUGCUGGUUGCUUAUCUGAUUUGGACUGUGACGGCAUAAGCAUCGGACUCUUGUGCUUUAAAUAUUUCCACUGGUCUUUUAUUUAUUUUUUUGCUGGACCAAUAUUUCCCCUGUAAAUCUUGCUCAGGUCACUGAACCUUGCACUUGGUACCCCUUCGAAUGAACCGUUCUGUUGAUUGCUUGAAACAAGUUUUCCCAGUCCCAGUCAUCAUGUGGCAGAAGAUGAUUCAUAGAUUCAUAGAUGUUAGGGUCGGAAGAGACCUCAGUAGAUCAUCGAGUCCGACCCCCUCUAUCUAUUCUAUAAAUGAUAGAAGUUUAUGCCCACAGGGAAAAAUUAAAAAGUCUGGCUCUGUGUUGCGUGCCAGUUGUUUAACAAUUAUGUAAAAGUUAGUGCAUAUUUCUGUAAGUAUUUUAAAAAAUGACUUGGAAAAGAAAUUUAAACAUGAAGUCAUUGUGGAUUAUCUCCCUAUAUGUGUGAUAAACAGUAAAAUGCCAGUUAAUGUUGCCUAAGGCUAUCAGUUAAUUUUUUUUAGAAGUAGCAUCUUCAUGACUAUUCUGCAAGUGGCCUUGCCUGCCCGCUGUCUGCAGAUACGAUUCUUGCCCUAUGUCAUGUCCUGGCAGGAAGAGCCCACUGGACGAGGCAAGAUGUGCACGUAAGCCAAGGUUGUUCCUGCAGCAGUUCCUUCUUCACCACGGAAAAAAUGUUGUGGCUUUCUAGGAUGUCUGAGAGCGCGAGCCUGGGAAUCUGUGGGGAGAGGACCCCCACAUCUGGAUAGCUCUCAUCUCCGCUAACCGCGCUAAUUUAGUAUGGCUUUUGUAGAGCCAUUCUGAAAUUAGCUGUAUCCCCAUGCUGCUUUUUUGGCUGCAGCUGCUGACGAGACUGGAAAGGAGUUUGUGCAGCUCCAGUGUUUAAGGGGUCAGUUCCCACCCCCCGCCAGAGGAAUCAACUCCUCGGCAUGCUCCCCUUCCCUGUCCCUGCCACAGCAUGCAAUAGGCAGACAAGGUUAUUUGGGUAAAUGUGAGGGGGUCUUGGUUGUCUGCCUAUGUUCUUAGACCAACACAGCUACAACCAGCACCCCCAACAGCAUUCAAUAGAAACCCCACACCUGCAGGCCCAGCGAGCAAACGAACAGCCAGGAUCACUGGAUCUAUCUCAGGCGAGCCCUGGAUUUUCAUGCCGAAAGCAAAGACAUGCACAGGAAACCGUGCGUGAUGCCUGUGAUUAGCAGUGCCGGCUCCCAGAGGAGAGCGGCUGUGGGAAGAUGCGAGAACCGUGGUAGUGAGGUUUUGUAUGUAUAUUUAAAGUACUGUUCCUUAGAGUCUCCAGUCUUAUGCAGAGCCAUCAGUCAUUUUCUUAUAUGUUUUUGCCUUCUGAUGACCUCAGGAGACCCUCCUUCCCUUUACUUGUGGGAAACUGCUCUGUGGCAUUUAGUGACGUGCAGGCAAUACCUUGUCUCUCCUUAGGUGAGCUCUGGGGUUUCCAUUUCGUUUAGGACGUCGUGCAGUUACUCAGAGUUUGGCCUGGCUGUGUGGGGGCUUCAGAAGUGCACAGCAGUGGCUCCUGUUGCAGCUUAUUGCAGUUUUUUCCCCGAGUUGGUUGGGAGCAGGGUCAGGCCAAGAGUAAGAAUUUUUGGAAAUCUCCCUCGAGUUUGGAUUACUGAUCUGUUCCAGGAGCUAGAGUUCUUCAGUACCAAGCCCCUUAAUCAGAGUGACUGCAGUCAGGUAAAGCUAUGGCCUGGUGCAUUUGACUACCAAGAUAUUUCCUCGGGUGGGGUGCGGAGAAGUGGAAUAUUCUCCUGUAUAGGUUCAGGAUGUUUUGGUGGGUGCAGUGUGUCCCAUGGGAGUGUCCUUUUCUUUGAGCAGUACAGUACGUCUUGCCUAGAUGCCUUCAGCAGGCACGUCUACAUGUGCACUUUAAUGCACAUUAGCCUAUUUUAAUGCACGUUAAAUCGUCACUUUAAAAAGUCCUGUCUUGUUAAUGCGCAUUAGGUGUCAGUGAAAAACUGUGCUCUUUAGUUAAUGCACAUUGAGAUAAGCCAAUGCGCAUUUUCCUAGGACCUCAGAAUGGAGGGUGCGUCUACACAUGCACUUUAAUGUGCAUUAGCCUGUUUUAAUGCACAUUAAAACAUCACUGGAAAAAAAUUUAUUUAGUUAACGCACAUUAAAAUAUGCUUAAUGCGCACCAGCCUCACUUAAACUCUGGAGCAUUUAUACACGUAUCUUUUUGUCCUGCGGUGCAUGGGAGAUCCACCGCUUCGGAGCAGACUGUGCUGCAUGCAGUUGUACGAGUGGCAAAAUGUGCAUUGGCACUCAGAAAAUGGCAGUGGAGUGCUUUUGAUGCAGUUUAGUUCAAGAGCGCGCUGCCGCCAUUUUCUCAUCACUGAUGCACGCUUCGCUGCUUAUACAACUGUGAGCGUCACAGCGCCGGGUACUUUUCAAAGUUCCUGGCACUGCGGCACUUGCAUGUGUAAAAAUACCCGUGCUCUUAGUUAAUUGCAUUAAGAUAGGCUAAUGCGCAUUUUCCUAGUACCUCACAAUGGAGGUACUAGAUUUAAUGUGCAUUAUCUAAAGUGCAUUAAUGCACAUGUAGAUGCACCCAGCAAGUGUUAAAUAGUGGCAUUAAAGUGCUCAGUGGAUGGCUGAGUGACUUGGAACGGUCUCAGAGAUGCAGUUACUGAGUUGUCCUAUUUGUUUAUACACAAAUAAUUAAAGGCUAGAGCUAGACUAAUUAGACUUGUGACUUUGGGCAUAGCAGUCAGCCUCAGCUGUGUCCAGAUUUCCAAAGCUUUCCCGUAAUGUAGCUAAGUCCCUAAAAUGCCACACAAAAUUCAGGAGCAGAUUGAGAAAUUAGUUGCAAGAGUUUAACUAUGACAUGAAUCAUAAGUGAUUCUGAGCAAAAUCCUGGUUUUAUUGAGAAGUCAGUUGAAGUUGUGUUACUGACUGCGCUGGGGCAGGAUUUCACCCUGCCAUUUAUAUAAGGAAACGGGAAGGUACGGGCAUUUGAGAUCAGAACUAGGCUUUGUCAGAUAUAAUGACCCUGGGUGUAGAAGUCUCCAGUAGCACUUUUUAGCUAAUGCCACCGUAAAUUAGGCUGUUUUAUAAAAAGUACUGAGUUAUUCAUGUUUGGUCAGCCUCAGGGAAUCCUAAAAUAGGUACACUUCUACCUUUAUUUAGUAAAUGCUUUAAGAUGUUAUGUGCCAUAUGCAGCGUGGAGGGUAAGAGGCAAACACCUGCAGAAGCUCAACCUUCAUACUCCAGCUAAACAGCUUUAGUAAAUGGUGGGGGGGAGAACUACCAGCAGCUCUUUUGCGAGACUGAAAACUAUAUCUAUUAAUUAUGAUAUCACGUGGGGGCAGCUCUUCUUUCCCAAGUUUUGAGCAAACGCAGGAGCCAAAUUCAAGCCAUAAACGUGUUCAGUCUUGAACGUGUUUUUGCCAAGAUAGGGGUUGUCUUCGUUGUGAUCCACGUUUCUCCCCCGCAUUUAAGACAGCGCAUUGAAAUACAUCAUUUCAAACCUUAUAAGGAACAUGCAGGCAGAGCAGAUGCAAAUGUAAAUGAAUGCCAGCCUCUGACUUCUCCUUGUCGUAAUAAUGCUAGCAUGUAGUAUAGGGUGUGCAUUUUAUCCUAGUCCUCCCCUCCCAAAUAAAUCGGCAUGCCAAGGCAGCGAUGAAGCUUUGUGAUUGGUGAACUUGAAGUUUUGGAGGAAACCUGACCAAAUUGUCACUUUUUGACACUUUUUUAGAACUUAGUAACUGACAAAACCGUUGAGGUUCCACUCAUUAAAAAUCCUGUUUUAUCCCAGUCCGAUCUACUGUACUUAAAAUCUCAUUACAGUGGAUUCCAGCUGAUAUUUUCAGGAGACGUCUGUACUAGGUUUUCGAUGCUCGCUCCCUUUGAGAGAUUACUCUGCGUUGCUGUAAAACAGCUGUGCUGGUUCUCCUUACCUGGCCACACCAGUGUCCCUUUUUGACAGGUGUAUUAUGUGAAAUACUAGCCCUUCCCUUUCAACAGCCUCCAAUGGAAACGUCUUUGAUUUCCACGUGAUUUAUUUAAAUGAAAGGAACAGCACUUUUACGUGAAGUCGCACAGGCAGAUCCGGCGAGCCGCGUUCGAGUGCAGCCAGUGCCCCGAGGGAGCUGGCGCUGGCUUUGUCCGAACCAUCUCACUUGGGAGGCAAAUUAGCAUGCUGGAGAGAUGGUAAAGAAACCCAUGGGUGGCUUGUAUCGCUGCACAGCUUUGGGGACGGGGUGCAAAGAGCAGCUCCUUGUUACGGCUUCCUAAGAUUCGUGUUUCCCUUGGCAGGCCAGGCUGAGAAAACAGCUGGCUUUACCAGCUUCCCAAAGGCUGUUGACUGCACUCUUGCAGAGAGCUCCUGGUACCCUUCCCCUUCCUUUCUCGGCGUUUGUGCGAUGAGGGAUACCGAGGGAGCUUGGGUUCAGAGCUGAGACUCAGGGUGAGACUUCCCUCCCUGUUGCACACCCAGAGAAGGAUGUUCCUGUCCUCCUCUGACCACCCCCUUCUCACCUCCUUCCUGAGCAUUACGCUGUGCCAGCAACGAGAGCUCGUAUCCGCAGCAUCUUGCCUGCAGGCCGCGUUGCUGUAAGCAGUAAGGGGGCUAGGGGAGGUUGUGUCCGGGCAAACCCAAAUCCUCUGGUGCAGCAUCUGAACUGACUGCCUUCUCUUAGAUAGUUUGCAGAGUUAGGGUACAUAAAGCUUUGGCCUUCUAGGAAAAAUCUGUUGGAGAAGAUGAGAAUAGUUCUUUCAGAAGAGUCGCGGGUGAGCGGACUUUUGCCAAUGCCUAAUUUUCACCCAAAUCGCUGUGCUGUAACUGGACUUUCAGGAGGAACGCUCCUUUUGGCGAGCGCGUGGUGCUGGAAGGACACCUGCUUCAAGAUGACCGCUUGACCUCCAACGUACUGUGCAGUAGUUGGUUGUCACUAAUCCCUUCUCACCAUUUAUACGCAGCUCGCAUUGAAGUGUGGUACACAGCGCCCUUUCAGAGGUGGAGAAAAGCUAUGGCACGCACCAAUGAGUAUUUUCUUAGAACAUUUUAUGGCAUCGUUCUUUCAGUGAUGUAAGCAGACGAAAAAAUAUCACAGCCCCUAGAAAGAGUUGUCUUUGUACUGGCCCUGUGUUAAAAUAGAGAUUUCUUCAUGAUUUAAUCCCAGUUUCAAUUGUCCAUAGCACAGGACUAAUGCUGCGGACUUUUUUGUAACAUGGUAGAAUGGAGAGAUCUGUUGAUUUUUUUUUUUUCCUUCAGUUUUGAAAUGUUUUCAGUAGAUUGUUUAUGAUUAACACCGUUUUAAGUUGUGUUUUUAUGUUACACCAGAUUUCAGGGUCAUUUCCUUCAGCUGCUUUUACUCUGCUUACUUUUUUUAAAUAGAGGGAAAGAGAAUUACUGUAAAAUCACCUAGAUACAGCCUCGCCGGUCGGGAGCAAAGGACACAGUAACAGCCAUGAUGCAUCAGUUGGCAUAAAAUGUUUGAAAUGUUUUGUAAUCAACUAAAAUUGAAGAUAUUUGAAACGAGCUAUUUAUUAAGUGCAACUUUUUUCAUGGCUUCAGCAUCCUCAUCUUUAAAAAGCACUUCAAACCUCCCCUUCUCACAAUUCAACCCUAAUGGCCAAUUCCUUUGAGCACUUAGUACUUUUGGGAACCUACAAAAAAUUGUGGGAAAAGUAGCAUUAACUUCCGUGGAACCAGGAUUUCCCCUCGGUGUGUUUAUAAUUGAUCUGCAACGUCCAGCAGUGAGCCACUUAAAAUGAUCUAUUGGCACUUGAGCAUUUCCUUUCUUAUUUAAGAGUCCUUGCACAGUCAGGCAGAUGUCAGGGUUAUCCCCCAGUGGUAGUAAUUUCAUGAUGCCGCAUUGUGAAAAAUCUGGUACUUGCCGGGAAGCACCAAAGCCUGCGGUGUUCUUCGUUUGUUUUUGCAAUGUGGCUGAAUCAGUGACAUCUGCCCAGGAUGCAGAUUUUGGUUCGGGGCCAGGACGCCCCAGCCCGGCAUGCGUGGGCGCCUGUCGCUGGGCGUCCGUGCUGCUUGCAGAGGGCCUGCAGGAUGGAGCCUGUUGCUUGUAAGUACUAGGGCAGUUUUAUUUACUGAACCCUUGUAACUGCGGUGAGCAUUGCCAAACCCACGGGAGUUUCCGUCUUGCCACUGUUCAUUUGUUGCAUCUACAGUACAUGCAGAUGUUUGUACCAUCUGUGUGUCACAUGCACAGGCUUUGUAAAGGGAUCGUCUGGUGAAUUUUGUUGAGAUUAAUGUGAAUAACUUUCAACUAUUGUGUAAUUAUGUAGAAUCAGGAAAAUGUGAUUGCAUAAAACACAUGUUAAAUUAUCACUCGGUCAGUAUUCAGAUACUUUUCCUUUGUACCUUUUCUUGUGAUUUCUGAAACUCAGAAAAAAAAAAUAAUCGAACUAAAUCGGCAACAUGUACACGUGUCCAAGACUGACAUCGUAGUUCUGAGACAGAUAUUUGGAAGUGAUGAUAUAAGAAGAACCAGGUGAUUAAGCUGUAAAUAUUUGAACAACUUGUUUGAUAUUGCAUUUUAAGUCAUUCCACAUUUCAUGUUAUGUAAACGGCAUUUUCCUCCUUUUUGAAGGUCAUCUAUUUGUAUGAUAAUGUAUCUUAAGUCUUUUCUCAGAACUUCCAUUAUUGCUGGAGCUUCCAACAUGUAUAUGUUUCUUUAAAAAACAAUCCUACUGUUAUUUUUUGUAAAUAGUUUUGUAUGGAAUUUGCAUGGAUAAAAACCCACACGUCCAAAACCAGUGUACAUAUUCUGUGUAUAAAAUACAAACUCUUUCAUAA